AGUGGUCGAGCGUUUUGUUAAGAAAAGGGUAAGAUGACCCAAUAAAAAUAGAAUCAACCCUUACUCAACCCAUCACUGUUCCAUUGGCUUCGUUGCUAACCAGAUCACAUUUUUUUAGUGCCAGCUUUGCAAGUUUAUUUUUACUAGAUAGUUUCCAAUUUCAUUAAAUUUCACAACAAAAUAUAUAAACCACGAUGCAAGCAAGGAAUUGUGCAGUGCUGUUUUUUACAAUGGUCCUGCUGCUCUCAACCCUGAGUUAUUCGACCGGAAGGUUUGUAGUAGAAAGACCUACUGGGAAGCUUCGCGUGCGACACAUUCCCCAUCAGAUGCAUGGACUUUCGAUCCGAAGUGGGCGAAAUCUUAAAAAUUUUGGGGAUUCAAUAAAAAGCGAUGAAACUGAUCCGGUUGAGCAGAAGAGCAUAUUAAUCACCCUUUUUCAUAUCAUUGGUCAAGUUCUAAAGCUCAACGCGGACCGUAUCACCCUCAACGACUCCCUCGUCCACGACUUGGGGGCGGAUUCUCUAGCCGUGCAUAAAAUCUUGUUGGCGAUAAUGGAACAAUUCGAAUGCGACGGAAGUCUCGAGGAUGCCUGUCAAUUUGAGUUUGUCAAGGAUGUGGUUAAUUUCGUGGAAGAGAAGUGUUCUCUUGAGGGAAGAAAAUUAUUGAGAUUAAGUAACGAAUUUUAAAUUGUAGAAUUAAGAAUUAGUAAAUAAGAUGUAGUUUUUUUUUACUUAAAAUACUUUUUUAAUGCACUCUGUGAAAUUUUGAGUUGCAAGAAUUAGGCGUUGAUAUGUUA